UUGUAAGAACAUUAGUAAAGACAGUGUCGUGUUUAGAGCAGCCCUGAUCUCAUUCUCUUGCUAUUGAAAAAGCCGUGUCCUAUCCUCGCUCCUGUGCUGGUAGCUUGGGUAACCUUUAUGGAAUGUAGAAGAUGAUGCCAGAAUUAUUUUGGGCUGAGAUUCAGAUGUUAAAAUAGCAAAAAAGGUUGCAGGGUAGAUUACCAAGGAGAACGCAGACAGUUGUGCUGUCGACCUACAUGUAGCUCUUGUACAGAGACCUUGAAAAGCAACGUUUCCAGCCAAGGUGAACCACAUCCAAAAGGCUAAAGAGGGGGAGCAUAAUUCAUAAAAACCACCGAGAAGAGGCCCCGAGGAGGUAGUAAAAGCAGAAGAGGAGCAUCCAGACAUGCCCAGAGGCCUCAGCUGUUUGGCGAGCCCUGAGGGGGCAGACCGCAGGUAUGAGACCCCCCCAGCUUCAGAGCUCCACAGGCUGAUGUGGACAAAGGCAGGGAGCAGCAACCAUCUGGAUGAGGUUCAGCCCAGAAUCUAUAUCGGAGACAUGUAUGCAGCUAAAGACAAGAAGACUCUUCAGGCUCACCACAUCACUCACGUACUAAACGCCGCUGAUGGAAAGUUCAACGUGAACACGGGCCCCAGCUUCUACCGGGACACUAAAAUCACUUAUCAUGGAGUGGAAGCUUUCGACAUGCCAUCCUUUAACUUGAGUCCCUUCUUUUACCCGGCAGCCAAUUUUAUCAAGAAUGCUUUGAGCUCGCCCACAGGGAAAGUCUUCGUCCACUGUGCCAUGGGUCUCAGCCGCUCUUCCACCUUGGUUCUGGCCUACCUGAUGAUCCAUGAAAAUAUGACUCUGGUCGAUGCACUCAAAGCUGUCAGUGCCAACAGAAACGUUUCACCAAAUGAGGGUUUCCUUGAGCAGCUGAGAGAGCUGGACCAAAAGCUGCACUGCCAGGGAUUGGCGAGGGGCCUCAGUUUGAACGGGAGGACUUAAGAUAUAUCCACUGGGUUCUCCGGUCUGUGCUAAUGCAUUUUUAAAAUUCUUCUUAUUGUCUUGUAAGAUAAAUUUGUUUUUUUGAAAAAUAAAGUGAUUGAGUAGCA